GAACAGCACUAGUCAGACCUCCCUUCCAUGAUGAUCAUGCUGUCAGUUGCACCUCUCUUCUGGUACUUUUGAUCGCUUCGUUGACCCUACGUACAUCAAACUUCAACGAAGGUCUGAGUUAUGUUUUGGACACUUGGUUGCCUCUACGGAGCCUCAUCCGUUAUGCUCGGUGCGUUCGGGGCUCACGGCUUGAAGAAACGCAUUGCCGAUCCCCAAAGAAUUGCAAACUGGUCUACAGCAGCUCAUUAUCAGUUGGUUCACAGCGGAGUUGUGCUCCUUGCAACAAGCGUUGCACCGAAGAACAAAAUUGCAGCAUCUCUCUUCGUUGCUGGAAUGACAAUGUUUAGUGGAAGCAUCUAUCUCCUGGUCCUUGAUCCGCAACGCUUCAAGGUUCUCGGUCCAGUAACGCCGUUGGGCGGGAUGUGCUUGAUUGCCGGAUGGGCAGCUCUAGCUUUUGGUAGCAAAGGCAGACUGAUUCGAUAGAGGCAUUGUUCUUAAAUCGCCUCUCGAUGUAUUAAUAGCUCAGGAUGGUUGAGCACGCACUCUCUCCACUUAUACAACAAAAUUUGAGAAAGCAUUGAAUCGUGGUAACUGAGGACGUCUGGGAUCAACUCCAUUCAUCGACGUGACAGAGGCUUCUACCCAGGGAUUCGACAUGAUCGUUGCCGUCAGAUACGGUUGAAGAGUCCCGAGCAGCUGAAUCUAACCUAUAGAACUGCUCCUCAGCAAUACUGGGCAUUUUCAACUGCUACAGUGGUGCAGGCUUUCUUCGACAAUAACCUUGUAUGAGUGAACAGCCUCCUGAGAAAGGCAUAUGCAGGUCUAUUCCGUCUCAUGGUCCACAGGCGAAGGGACAAUGGCCAUUGGUUCCGUAGCCGCUGUUCGAUCAAUGAUCAAGCUUGUACGGAUAUGUUGCGUGGCUUAAUGAGGACACAGCAAAAAUAGCAGGGCCUGCCUGCACAUCUAGCGGGGAUUCGUGUC